GCAAGGAGGCACUCCCUAUUUCUUUCCCUCUGCUCCACUUCUCCUGCUCUUACACACAAGCAAAGUAAAAAAGCUCAUUUCCAGUCUGAGACUACACCCAAUGGCUGAUGUAAAUGCCAGCCUGUCCACUGGCCCCGGGAUGCCAAACGGUCCCAACAGCUCUUGGCAGCAGGAGGCAAGCAGAGGAGUACAAAUUGCUGUCACCCUGCUGAUAUUCCUUGUGGGUAUACCUCUGAACAUGCUGGUGGUCUGGGCUCUGGGCGGCCGGACCCGGCACCGCCUGGCACGCCGAGGCAGCACCGACGGGACCCGAGCGGCCAGCAGCUUCCGUGUGUACGUGCUGCACCUGGCCCUGGCUGACCUGGUGCUGCUGCUCCGGACGCCCCUCAUGCUGGGAUACCUCGCCUCCAACAACAGCUGGCCGUUCGGCCGUCCCAUGUGCUGCCUGAUUGUGUUCCUGCGGGGCCUGGGGCUGUACGCCGCCGCCUUCCUCCUGUGUGCCGUGGCCCUGGAGCGCUGCCUGUGCCUGCUGAAGCCCGUGUGGGCGCGACUGAGACGCCCCGCCUGGGCCGUGCCCCUGGUCUGCGGCCUCAUAUGGACAUUAGCCACCGUUUUCUCUGUCCCCUACAUCCACAGCGCCGUCUUGCUGAAUGUGACCGGGGCGUACCAGUGCCUGGAAAGCGGGGAGUUUAACAUCGGCCUGUUUGUCACAGAGACUGUGGCGGGGUUCAUCACGCCCUUGCUGGUGUUCCUGGGAAGUAACGUGGCUGUUUUGCUCAGCGUUCAGCAAGCAGUGCCCCCCACACCCACCACCCCCUCCACAUCCUCCUCUUCCUCUAACACCCGCAGGAUGGUCAGGCUCUACCAGGUGCUCUUUGUUACCAUGCUGUUGUUCCUCACCUGCUGGGUGCCCUAUUUUGUUUGUCGAUUCCUCCGAGCUCUGGCCACUGGAUCAUCUGACCUGGAGACAUAUGCGCGCAAAGGCGCAUACAUAUCCCUGUACCUGGUGUACGUCAAGAGCGCCCUGAACCCUGUGCUGUAUGUGUUUGCUGCCCGGGGCUUGGGCAGCGCCAUCAAAGCCUCACUCAUUUCCACUAUUGAGCGAUUUUUCAAUGAUGACUCCAUGGAGUCCAUAAGAAGAAAGUCACUGAAGAGUGGCAACUCUCUCAUCUAGCGGAGCUUCGGCAGGCGGCACAGACUACUUGCCUCCUGCAGAAAUAUGCCAUUUAAACUAGGGCUGCACGUUAUGGAUAAAUGUAUACCUCGGUACUUAUGCCAAAUAUCCCGAUAGUGAUGCGAUACGAUAUGACUGUGGGUUCACGCUUCUUUGAACUUUGAAGUGUUGCAAUAGUGAAAAUUAUGCAUUCUUUAAAAA